GGCCCACCCCCGCAGGAAGCCAGCCGGGUUGGCGAGCAUGUAGGCGGCGCGGCUGCGUUUCGCCGGAGAUGGGCCGCUGAGAAGCCGGAGCCCUCCGCUUCGAGGCCGACGGUCGGUCAAGACAUCCGCAAGCGCAAAAAAAAAAAGCGGUCAUCGCGCCGAGCAUGGGGCGGCUGCGCAGAAGAGCUUGCGCGGCUCUCUUCGUCUUCGCGGUCUUCAUCUUGGGAGCCAUGAUGGCACUCCGGACCCUCAAGACCGGGGACGGCUUCUCGGCUCCGGUUCCCGACGGGCUGGCGCGGGGCGCCGCGCGGCGAAGCUCGCCGUCGUCUUCGCGCGGCGGGCGGCGCGCCGAGGCGGCGGGCGCCGCGUCCGAUUGGGGUCCGGGGCCGAGGGUCUUCGACGACGUGCACAUCUUCUACUACGCGUGGUACGGAACCCCGCGCUGGGAUGGCAAGUACGUGCACUGGGACCACGUCCUGGUGCCGCACUGGGACCCGAAGGUGGCGUCCGGCUACCCGCGGGGGAGGCACGUCCCGCCCGAGGACAUCGGCUCCAGCUUCUACCCGGAGCUCGGCCCGUACAGCUCCAGGGACCCGGACGUGCUGGAGUCCCACAUGGAGCAGAUCGCGGCUUCGGCGGCAGGGGUUCUGGUGCUGUCCUGGUAUCCUCCUGGCAUGGCUGAUGACAACGGGGAACCCACUGAAGAUUUCGUACCUUCCAUACUCGACGGUGCCUAUAGACACAAUCUCAAGGUGGCGUUUCACAUCCAACCGUACAGAGAACGGAACGAGCAGAGCGUGCUCGACAACGUCAAGUACAUCAUUGACAGGUACGGCCAGCACGCGGCGCUGUACCGGACGUCGGCGCCGGGCGCGGCCAAGAGGCUGCCCCUGUUCUACAUCUACGACUCGUACCUGACGCCGGCGGAGUCGUGGUCGCAGCUGCUGAGGGCGGGCGGCGCCCGCAGCCUGCGCGGCUCGGCCUACGACGGCGUCUUCCUGGGCCUGAUGGUGGAGGAGCGCCACCAGCGGGAGAUCGCGGCGGGCGGCUUCGACGGCAUGUACACCUACUUCGCCUCCAACGGCUUCUCCUUCGGCUCGUCGCACGGCAACUGGAAGGCGCUGAAGGCCUUCUGCGACGACAACGGGCUGCUGUUCGUGCCCGGCGCGGGGCCGGGCUACGCCGACGCCAGCGUGCGGCCCUGGAACGGCCACAGCGCCCGCGAGCGCGUCGGCGGCCGCUACUACGAGACGGCCCUGCGGGCGGCGCUGGACGCGCGGCCCGACGCGCUGGCCGUCACCUCCUUCAACCAGUGGCACGAGGGCACGCAGAUCGAGAGGGCCGUGCCCAAGAAGACCGCCGCCAGGGUCUACCUGGACUACCGGCCGCACGGCCCGCGCCACUACCUGGAGCUGACCAGACGCUGGGCUGAGAAAUUCCACCGCGAGAAGGAGCGCUGGCUCCUGUGAGUGGCUGGGCGGGGGCGGCGGCGGCGCGCCUUCCU